ACACGAUCAGUUAGUUCGAGUUUUCUGCAAGAGUCGGCUGUUUAAUUCGACGUUCGUUCGCGUUGUUUUUUUUUUGCGUUCAGCAUUCGUUAAUGUUUUGUUGUUAUUUUGCGUAAUUAUUUUGUUAUUCCAUGAGUUGUUUUUAGUGGCAAGUGAUUAUAUAUACACAUAUAUUAUGUUAAACGGUUGCGCAGUUGCAACACCAACACAAAUACACCUACAAUUUUUUGUUGCAAGCAGUUGCGUGCCGUCACAGGCAGCCGACGACGCCGCCGCCGCCGCCACCACAAAACACGCACACAUACUGCGACGCAUGCGCAGCAGCAGCAGCAGAAGCAGCGUUUACAAGCUUGUGCAUGAGUGCAGGUGUUUCUGCUUCUUCUUGUUGUUCAGUUACUUUGCCGCCAGUUUGCUGCGAUCCCUUGGCGAGUGCGCGAGUUUUUCAGCGUCGCGAGUUGUGAGUUUUUGAUUUCGAAAAUUCAAUGAAAACCGGCAAAAGUAAUUCAUGGCCGUGAAAAUUUCGCAAGCUUGGCAAAUAUAUAAAUUUGUUGUGUCUGUUUAUAUAUAUAUAUAUAUUUUUGUUGUUGUUUGUUUUGUUUUGUUUCAAGUGUUGCACCAAACACAGUAUCAAGAACUAAUUGAAAGUUGAACGCCAACAACAACAACAACAACAACUGGAUUAACGGGAAAUUGUUGCUGGAUAUUAUGCAGAACUCUCAACGGAAGCGAAUCACAGCAUCUUGGGACUGAGAGGACGCCAAACUAAAACUGGAAACUGAAGCGGCAACUGCGACUGCAACAGCAACUGUGCGAAGAAGCUUGCCAACUGUCAUUGUCUUCUGGCAUUGGGCAACAUUUUAAUUGAAAAACUUUUUGGGCCAAAGCAAACAUCACACAAAUAUGACUGUUAAAUUGGCCAAACUGUUUGGCAGCGGCAGCAGCAGCAAAUCCAACAGCAACAGCGCCAGCAAUGUGCCCAAUAUUGUGCCUGGUCAUAGCCAUGCCCACAAUUUACAACAGCCAGUGCCCCCAUUGCCGCCCAAUGCCAAUAUGAAGAUCAUUAAAUACUGCGAUCAUCAUGAUCAUCAUCAACCUGCGGCUAGAACCAUUUACGGUAAUGCCUACGAAUGCAAUCAAAUGGAGCUAGAGCUUGAGGAUGAUUAUGAUGACAACAUGUCAUUAAGCUCGGCAUAUAUGCAGCGCAAUCAUCCCUAUAACAACUCACAGCGCCCACUGCUCGGCGAGCGUCGUCCCCAGCUGCUGCUGGUCGGUGGCAAAAAGAAGCCGCCAGCAACAGCACCGAUGGCUGGCAUACCGCUGCCAGCGCCACCAUUGCCACCGCAGCGCAGUGCCAGUGCCAGUGCCAGUGCCAGUGGCACAGGCAAUGUCAACGCCAGCAUCAACGUGACAGGCACCGCCAACGCCAACGCCGGCGUUUACGUCUCGCCGUAUGUGCAGCAACAGAAACGAGACAGCGUCAAGGGGCUGCACGGCUUUAACGACUUCGAUGCGCUCUCCCAGCAAUACAACCAGCAUCUGCAGAGUCCGCACAUUGGUUAUCCGUACGGCAGUCCGCCUUCGCCGACAGCGCAAUCGAGUGACUUUUGCUUCGAUAGACAGCGCGAGCAAGAGCAGUCCUUUAAAGCCAUCUCAACCACCAGCUCGACGGCCACAACUAAAUCGAAUUGUAGCUCCAGUUCGGUUGCAAACGGUUCACCACCGCCGCCGCCGCGAUAUGGCAAUGUUGGUUAUCAGGAUGCUGGGCAUUAUCUGGACCAAACUCAGACACAAUUGCUGUCACACGCCUCACGUUUCGAGGAUGAUUUCUGUACGCGUCGCAAUGUGGAUUUUGUGGCUGGCAAUUCAGCUGGCACUGGAACUGGAACUGGUAUUGGCAGUGGAACAGGUCCCUUCAUCUUUGGCAUCUCACACGAGCAACAGCAAACGGAUUAUGGUUGCCGCCGACGUUGCAGCAUCGACAGCGCCAAUAGCAGCACCACCAAAACCAACACCAACAGCAACAACAACAAUCUCAAUCAGCCUGUGAUAAAUGCCACGCCCGUUAAGGAGCACAGUGCACUGCAACAAUCGCUGAGCGAUACGAGUGCGGACAGCGGCAAAGGUGCAAAGUUUUUAUUGCGAAAACGCAAAUCGAAGAAGACGACGGAAGGUACAAUAACAGCAGGAGGAGUUGGAGGCGGUGUCGCUGCUGCAGUUGCAGUUGCAGCCGCUGCGAAUGGCGAGCACAAAGCUAAACGUGGCACACAGCCGUCCAUAAAAUGCGUACUGGUUGGCGAUGGCGCUGUUGGCAAAACCAAUUUGAUCUUGUCAUAUCUGGAGAAUCGAUUCAAUCCGGAGCAUGUGCCGACGGCAUCAGAUAUUUAUAACGCCGAAGUCAAUGUGAACGAGAGUCCCGUCCAUUUGACACUCUGUGAUACCGCCGGCCAGGAUACGCUGGAUCCUUUGAGGGAACUGUGCUAUCCGGACAGCGACGUCUUUCUGCUGUGCUUCUCGGUGGUCAAGCCCGAAACAUUUGGGGCCAUCAAAUCGAAAUGGGCGCCCAAAUUUGCCAAAACAAAGGCGGCCCUCAUAUUGGUUGGGACCCAAGCUGACUUGAGGAGCAAUUUGAAUGUGUUGAACAAAUUGCAGACAAAUGGCGAGAAACCAAUUUCAUAUGCAGACGCCUGGGAUUUGGCAACAACAAUUGGCGCCAAAUACAUUGAGACUUCCUCAGCCACACAGGACAAAGUCAAAGACGUGUUUGAUACAGCCAUUUGGGAGGGCUUGGUGCCCACCACGUUGCCGCCCACGCCCUCGUUCUGGAAGAAGCUCUUUUGCCUGGCCUGAAGGUGCUGAGCGAAACAAAAAUUUGCAACUCGAAAAGAAAAGAACACUCAACAAAUAUUAUUACUUACGAUUUUUUUUUUUUUAAUAUAUAUAUAUUUUUUUUAGCUAGUUUCUGCGCAUAUUUAUAUUUGUAGUUCAGGGCUACCUUAUUAUACACAUUAUUGAGAACUUUUUAAUAUAACAGAUAUACAUAUAUUUUUAUAUAUAUAUAUAUAGAUAUUUGUUCGACAGUGCUAUCAAGUUUUUUUUUGCACGCGCACUCACUGACUGAUCUAAUGAUAAAUAUAAAUAUAAUAAAGAGAUAUGUUAAAAUGAUUAUUCCAAAAUUAUUUACAAUUAAGUUACAUUCGCAUCUGCUUUGCUCGCAAACGACAUUUCUUAUUAUUUUUAUUUUAUUUUUAUUUUUAUUUUUUUUUUGAACUUUAUAAUUAUUCUUAUUUAAUUGUGUAAUUUUGUGUAGCAACUGUUUCGAUUUUCGCGAUUGUUUUUAAUUUUAGUUGCUGAAAUAUUUAUUUUUUCUUGGACUCUUGAGAGCUCUGAUUAAAACUGAAUAUGAAAGCGCAAACCAACUGAUGUUACGUCAUUCCAUCCAUUUAAGCAUUAAGUUUUAUAUCCUUAAAAUACAUAUAGUAUGUCGAUAGCAAA